AUGGCCGAAGGCGACGGAGACGGGCGCAUUCCCGUACGACAAGACGAUACGUCAUCCGAGAUUUUUAAAGUUAGUAUAAGAGUACCACCCUUUUGGCCAGAGGAGCCUGAGAUAUGGUUUGCACAAGUUGAGGGACAAUUUACAAUAUCGGGAAUUACGAGCGACGCAACGAAAUUCAAUUACGUGAUCGGACAGUUAGAUCAUCAAUUUUCUAUGGAAGUAAAGGAUAUAAUAAUUAACCCACCUGUAACUGGAAAAUAUGAAAAGCUUAAGUCAGAGCUGGUAAAGCGUCUUACUGCAUCGAAAGAGAAGAAAAUCAAACAAUUGCUUAUGCACGAAGAACUCGGUGAUCGCAAGCCUUCGCAAUUCUUGCGUUAUCUGCAGAGCUUAGCCGGCCCAAAGGUGCCAGAUGAUUUCUUGCAAACAAUUUGGACCAGUCGGCUACCUACAAGCAUUCAGACGGUGCUAGCGGCGCAGCCAAAGGCGGAUCUGGGCGUGUUAGCAGAUUUAGCUGAUAGGAUCAUGGACUUAGCUCCACCAACACCAAGCGUGGCAGCCACAAGCUCCACCCGGCCCGAAUCCACUAUGGGUAGCAUGGCGAAGGAAGUCGCAGCGUUGAAAAAACAGAUAAAAUCACUCACCAUGCAGAUGAACCGGCGUUCUCGCUCUAGAUCUCGUAACCAACAGCGUGCUCAAUCAACAUCAAG